AUGGGAGAAGAAAUAGCAAAUCCAUUACCAUCGCCAGGAGCAGAAGAUGAAGUAGAAAUACCUCUUGCAGAAUCUGAAAAUUUAUUCCAUAUUGCACCUACUCUUUGCAGCGAAGGAUUAACAAUGGAAAAAGACAAAUAUCAUGGUCAAUCACUAGGUUUAUUUACUAGUGGUGGUGAUGUACCUGGCAUGAAUAGUGCUAUAAGGGCUGUUGUAAGAACAAGCCUUUACUUUGGAUGUCACAUAUACUUUAUUCAAGAAGGGUAUCUAGGAAUGGUCCAAGGCGGUCAGUAUAUUAAAGAAGCGAAAUGGGAUUCUGUUUCAAAUAUUAUACACAAAGGUGGAACAAUCAUUGGUACGGCAAAAUGUGACGAAUUCUUGGAACGAUCAGGUCGAUUACAGGCAGCUAAAAAUCUUGUCAAACAUUCAAUUAAUCGAUUGGUGUGUAUCGGUGGAAGUGGAUCAUUAACGGGAGCUCACGUGCUUAGCAUGGAGUGGUCUGGAUUGGUUCGUGAAUUAGUAGGUAAAAAAGAGAUUAGCGAAAAUGAAGCCAACACUUAUAUCACAUUGCAAAUCGUUGGAUUAGUGGGUUCUCUCUAUAAUGAUUUCUGUGGUACCGAUAUAGCGAUUGGAACAGAUACUGCUUUACAUCGAAUUGUGGAAUCUGUUGAUUGCAUUCGAUCAACAGCUCAAAGCCAUCAAUCUGCAUGUGUUGUUGAAGUCAUGGGUCGAAAAUGUGGUUACUUAGCACUGAGUGCAGCAUUAGCUGUGGAUGCGGAUUUCUGCUUUAUUCCCGAGUGGCCACCACCUGAAAAAUGGAAAGAAAUUUUGUGCAAGAAACUGAAACAAAGACGAUCUGAUGGUCAUCGGAUGAAUAUCGUGAUAGUUGCAGAAGGCGCGAUUGAUUCUAGUGGAGCAUCAAUUUCCAGUGAAGCAAUCCGAGAAUAUAUCGAAAAUAAACUGCAUUAUGAGACAAAACUAACAGUGUUGGGUCACCUACAACGAAGCGGUAAUCCAUCAGCCUUUGAUCGUUUGCUUGGUUGUCGAAUGGGUGUUGAAGCAGUGAAUGCACUAAUGGAAAUGAAAGAAGAAUCCGAGCCACUUGUGGUUGCUAUCGAUGGAAAUCAAAUUAUGCGACUGCCACUCAUGCAGUGUGUGAAGAAAACAAAAGCUGUCAAGGAAGCCAUGGUUAGAAAAGACUGGUCAACUGCAUUAAAACUACGAGGCCGAAGUUUCCGACGUAAUAUUGAAAUGUACAAAAUGCUGGGCACAAUCCGAAAACCUAAGGAUGUGAAAACAAAAAUAGCUAUUGUGAAUGUUGGCUCACCAUCAGGUGGUAUGAAUGCUGCGGUAGUUGGAUGCGCACGAAUUGCUAUUUUACAAGGAUAUUUGCCAGUAGGAGUGAUAGAAUCUGUAAAUGGUUUGAUUCAGGGUAAAUUUGAACCGCUUGGUUGGCGUAAAGUAGCCACGUGGAGUUCAGAUGGUGGUUCACAUUUAGGGACGCGUAGCACACUUCCUAGCAAUAAAAAUAUUGCUCAGAUAGCAAAAAAUUUUGAAAAAUUUGCUAUACAAGGUUUAAUAAUAAUUGGCGGGUUUUCUGCGUUUCAUAUGUGUCUUUUACUGGCUCGCGCACGAAAGUCAUACGAGCAAUUACGUAUACCAAUGUGUGUUGUCCCUUGCACUAUCAAUAAUAAUAUGCCAGGAACUAGUUUCACUCUUGGAGCUGACACAUCUCUCAAUGAAAUUUGUUGCACCAUUGAUAAGAUCAAAAAAUCAGUAGUGGGUCACAAACAAUAUGUAUUAAUCGUUGAAACGAUGGGAGAUUAUUGUGGAUACUUAGCAACUUUAGCAGCUGUGAUUUGUGCAGCUAAUGCUGCUUACAUAUUUGAAGAGAUAUUCGAUAUUCAGGAUCUGUUGCAAGAAAUGCGAGAGAUUAUCACACAAACACGAAAUUCUGCUCAGCAAUAUUUAGUAAUUCGAAGCCAACGAGCCUCACCUAAUUUCACCGCUGACUUCAUUCGACGGUUAUUUUCCGAGGAAAGUAAGGGCGUCUUUACGGCACAAGUCAAUUACUUGGGACAUAUUCAGCAGGGUGGUAAUCCAUCACCCUUUGAUCGUAUUAAUGGUUAUACAAUGGGUGCCAAAGUUAUGACGCAUCUAAUUAAUCAGAUUAAAGCAUGCUCACAGGGGGAAAAAUCUGAUGGAACAACUGCCUCACUAAUUGGUUUAUUCGGACGUCGAGAAAUUAUGAUUCCGGUAGAAGAACUUGCUGAUGAAGUUGACUUUAAGCAUCGCUUGCCGAAAGAACAGUGGUGGAUCAGAAUGAAGUCAUUAAUAAAGAUGCUUGAACAUCGAACUUAG